UCUGCGCCCCCGGCUCGCCCGGCUCCGGGGAUACGCGGCGGUGGCGGCGGCGAUGGCGACGAUGCCUGCAGCCCUGCAGCAUCCCGGGCGGCGGGCGGCGCUGGGCUCCGGGUUGCGAGAUGGAGGAGGAGGGGCGGCGCUGCGGCCCCCGGACAGGCUGUUCUGCCUUGGGUCUCUUUGGUCACACAUUGUUCAUCUGUGAGUUGAGACCCUGACUCCCACCCCCACAGAAGGAAGAGUUGUUUCCCUCUAAGAUGAACUCAACAGACCAUCUUGAGGAUGCUCCCAAUGCCACCUUGCUCCAUGUGCCUCGCUCACAGGGAGGAAACGCCACCACUCUCCCCGAGGAAAUCCAGGAUCUCAUUCACUCCGCCACCUUGGUGACCUGUACUUUCCUACUCACAGUCAUUUUCUGCCUGGGCUCUUAUGGCAACUUCAUCGUCUUCUUGUCCUUCUUUGAUCCUGCCUUCAGGAAAUUCAGAACCAACUUCGAUUUCAUGAUCCUGAACCUGUCUUUCUGUGACCUCUUCAUCUGUGGGGUGACCGCCCCCAUGUUUAUCUUCAUGUUAUUCUUCAGCUCCACCAAUAGGAUCCCCGAUAAUUUCUGCUUCACCUUCCACUUAACCAGUGCAGGCUUCAUCAUCAUGUCCCUCAAGACCGUGGCUGUGAUCGCCCUGCACCGACUCCGCAUGGUGUUGGGGAAGCAGCCUAACCGCACGGCCUCGCGGCCCUGUACCUUGCUCCUUACUCUGCUCCUGUGGGCCACCAGCUUCACCCUCGCCACUUUGGCCACCCUGAAAACCAGCAGGUCCCACCUCUGCCUCCCCAUGUCCAGUCUCACAGCGGGAGAAGGGAAAGCCAUCCUGUCACUCUAUGUGGCUGACUUCACUUUCUGUGUGGCCGUCGUCUCUGUCUCUUACAUCAUGAUUGCUCAGACCCUGAGGAAAAAUGCCCAAGUCCGAAAGAGCCCCCCUGUGAUCACAGUCGAUGCUUCCAGACCACAGCCCUUCAUGGCGGCCCCUGUGAAGGGAGGUGGAGAUACUAUCCAGUGUGCUAUGCCAGCUCUGUACAGGAACCAGAAUUACAACAAACUACAGCACAUUCAGACCCAUGGGUACACCAAGAGUCCCAAAAGGCUGCCAACUCCCGCAGCCAGCCGGCUCCAGUUGGUGUCAGCUAUCAAUCUCUCCACAGCUAAGGAUUCCAAAGCCGUGGUCACCUGUGUGAUCAUUGUGCUGUCAGUCCUGGUGUGCUGUCUGCCACUGGGAAUCUCCUUGGUGCAGGUGGUUCUCUCCAGCAAUGCGAGCUUCAUCCUUUACCAGUUUGAACUGUUUGGAUUUACACUCAUACUCUUCAAGUCAGGAUUAAACCCUUUUAUCUAUUCCCGGAAUAGUACCGGGCUCAGAAGGAAAGUGCUCUGGUGCCUCCAGUACAUAGGCUUGUUUUUCUUCUGUUGUAAACAGAAAACUCGCCUGAGAGCCGUGGGAAAAGGGAACCUUGAGGUCAACAGAAACAAGUCCUCCCAUCACGAAACAAACUCCGCCUACGUGUUGUCUCCAAAGCUCCAGAAGAAAUUUGUGGACCAGGCUUGUGGCCUAAGUCAUUCGAAGGAGAACGUGGUCAGUCCCAAGGUCUCUGCUGGACACCAGCACUGUGGUCAGAGCAGCUCCACCCCCAUCAACACGAGGAUCGAGCCCUACUACAGCAUCUACAACAGCAGCCCCUCCCAGGAAGAGAGCAUCCCGCACAACCUACAGCCUGUAAACUCUUUCGGAUUUGCCAACUCAUAUAUUGCCAUGCACUACCACACCACUAAUGACCUAAUCCAGGAGUACGACAGCACUUCCAUCAAGCAGAUUCCAGUUCCCUCAGUUUAGAGGCAUGGGUGCUGCAGAUUCUUGUGUCAACUGGUCUUAUUUCUGAUACUGAUUCAUUUGUUUCAUUUAUUUUUUUUUAAUGGUUUGUGAGACCAGUGGUCAAGCAAAUCUUAAAAUCCAGCUGAUUUUUUUUUUCCCUUUGAAAUUUUAACUCGUAUUGAUAUGUUCUGGGCUCCUUGGUAUUUUAAUUUUUUAUCUGAGUUUACUGUUUAGAUUUUUAUCCUAACCUAAUCCUAAUCUAAUCUUUCAUCUUGAACUGUGAAUGCCAAGAUUGAUCACCCUGUUGUGUUUAUGUGGAGAUCAUCUGAAUCAGUGUUACGGAUAUUCUAAGCAUAUGUGAGUUUUGUUUUGUUUUUAAGGCAAUGGUAUUUUUAGCAUCAUUGUUACAGAUGUGAUUUUUUUUUAAUUGUCUCUGGGGAUUCAUUGCUUUGAAUUGGCUUUUUUAGAUUAAAAGAAUGAGAGACAGAGGUAGAAAGAGAGAGGGAAAGAGACCACAGCAUCACAUUAACUGCUUUAAUACAUGACGCUUAGACUCAAACCCUGGUCAAAGACAUGGCAAAGCAGCACACUAUCCAAGUGAGCUACUUUGCCUGUCUCUGAGGGGUUAUUUUUCUUAUAUUGAAUUAUAAUUAUAAAUUUUUAUUCUUUGUAACAUUGAAAUGGAGAGCAGUAUCCUUUUUUGGUAGUAAUUACUUAAAUAAGUAACAUUAUGCAAUUAGAAAUACAUUACCCACAACUGUCCUUAGCAAAAAUACUAUCCAGAUUAAGUAAUUUCCUUUGAUAAGAUGGGAAAGACUGUAACAUUAUGCUUACUAUAAUUUGCUAAUGUAGACAGUAUUAUUUGGUGCCAAUUGAGUACUGAUACACUUCUUUUCAAAAGAAAGAUGUUUUUGCUUACUAAACUGAGUUAUUCUGCUUGGGAUUGAUUUUACCCAAGAAUCCUAGUGAAGAGGACUGCAUCAAUUAUUUAUUUUUUAUUUUUUGCCUCCAGAGUUAUUGCUGGGGCUCGGUGCCUGCACUAUGAAUCCACUGCUCCUGGAAGCCAUUUUUACCCAUUAUGUUGUUGGAUAGGACAGAAAGAAAUUGACAGAGGAGGGGAAGAUAGGGAGAAAGACACCUGCAGACCUGCUUCACUGCUUAUGAAGCGACCUUGCAGGUGGGGGAGCCGGGAGCUCAAACUGGGAUCCUUGCACAGGUCCUUGUGCUUAGUAUUAUGUGCGCUUAACCUAGUGCCCAGCCCCAAGAGUAUUGCAUCUGUUAGCAGAGAGAUAGUAUUCUUAGCUGAGUGUGGUCAUCUU